CUUCGGCCCUCCCUCCUCCUCUCAAAACUCAUUUCGGAGGGACACGGGGAGGGAGGAGAGGGAGAGAGAGGAAAUGCCUCGCCUUAUAGAAAUCCCACUUCUCACUCACUCCACCGCCUCCGCCGCCACCACCAUCAGCAGAUCUGCCACCGUGCGAGUUCUGCUCACCGCCUUCACCAUCCUUCUCGUCCUCCACCUCACUAUCUCUCCCCCCUCCAAAUCCACCUACCACUCCCUCUUCCUCUCCCUGUCCGACAACGCCACCGCCGCCUGCCACCUCCUCGCCCUCACCCGCCGCCCCCACGUCGCCGGCACCCCGGCCAACGCCGCUGUCGCCGCCUACGUCCUCGCCGCCCUCUCCUUCUCCUCGCUUCCCGCCCACUCUGUCUCAUACGACGUCUUCCUCACCUACCCCCUCCGCCGCUCCCUCAUCCUCUCGCCCUCCCCGCGUCCUUCCCCGGGCCCCACCCUCGCCUUCGACCUCGUUCAAGAGAUCUACCCCGGUGAUCCCUAUGCCGACGUGGCGGCGGAGGUGCUCCCCACUUUCCACGCCUACGCCCGCUCCGGCGCCGCCGCCGGCCCGGCUGCCUACGCCAACUACGGCCGGCUGGAGGACUUUGCCGCCCUGAGGGCCGCGGGUGUGAACGUCACCGGGGCUGUGGUCCUCGCGAGGUACGGUAAGAUAUAUCGCGGGGACAUUAUAAAGAACGCGGAGGACGCUGGGGCUGCGGCAGCGGUGGUGUUCACAGACGCCAAGGACUACGGCGGUGGCGGGCAGGGCCGGUUCCCGGAGGGACCGGGGAUGCCGGCAAGCGGCGUGCAGGUGGGGAGCACGUACCGGGGGUCUGGCGACCCGACGACGCCCGGGUGGGCAAGCGCCAGCGGGUGUGAGCGGUGGAGCGCGGCCGAGGUUGCGGCGAGCGGGCUGAUGCCGGGGAUCCCAUCGCUGCCGGUGUCGGCCCAGGACGGGGAGGCGAUCCUGAGGACCAUUGGCGGACAGGUGGCGCCCGAUGAUUGGCAGGGCGUCGAGGGGGCGCCCCUGUACCGGCUUGGGCCCGGUCCGGGGUUCCUCAACCUCACAUACAUUGGAAAUGAAACACUGGCAACGAUCCAAAAUGUCUUUGCUGUGAUCGAAGGGGAAGAAGAACCUGACCGCAUUGUUUGAUCCUUCCCAAAAAGGAAAUAUUAUUUGCCUAGAAUUCUGCAAAGCAGUUCGAGGGGUAUGUUCUCCUAGGUAAUCAUCGAGAUGCAUGGACAUUUGGAGCAGUUGACCCCAACAGUGGAACUGCAUCUUUACUUGAGGUAGCUCAGAGGUUUGGGAAACUGCAAAAGAGAGGAUGGAAACCUCGACGAACCAUUAUUUUAUGUAAUUGGGAUGCAGAAGAGUAUGGCUUGAUAGGAUCGACAGAAUGGGUUGAAGAGAACAGGGAGAUGUUAACUUCAAGAGCUGUUGCUUAUCUGAAUGUUGAUUCUGCAGUUGCUGGUCCUGGAUUCCAUGCCUCUGCAACUCCACAACUUGAUGAGCUGCUCAAACAAGCAAGUGAAAAG